AUGGAGAAUGUUAUUAUGGGUGGACCAUGGUUUGUUAAAGGUCACAUUAUUGGAUUGGAUAGAUGGAGCUCGGACUUCUCUCUAUCUUCUUUAAAAGGCUUAAGCUCUCCGGUUUGGGUUAGGCUUCCUAACCUCCCUUUGUUUUAUUGGGAUGAAAUCAACGUGGCAAGGAUUGCUUCCCUUUUUGGUACUCCUCUUCUUCUUGAUGGGAACAUGUUCCAAUGGAGCAAGAGUGAAUUUGAAAAAGUGUGCGUUAGGUUGGAGCUUAAUAAACAGCUUCCACUGGGAGUAUGGGUGGAUGGUCCUAAAGGGAGAUUUUUCCAAAAAGUUGAGUAUGAAAGGAUUUCAUCUCUUUGUUACAAUUGUGGCAAAGUUGGUCACUUUGAUUAUGCUUGUGGAGCUAAUAAUGUGGUGAAGUGCUCUGUUCCGGAGGAGGGUAUUUGUAAUAAGGGUGUCGAGAAGAUUGGGGCAUCCAAGGAUAGUUCGACCUAUAAUCCUUGGAUCCAUGUUUUUAAGGAGAAAGAAGUCCAGGAGAAAUCCCAGUCUGCUGCUGAAGAGGAGGGGUUGGUGAUGCCAGCGAAAGGAGAUCUGGAUGGAUCGGACCUCCAGAUUUUGAAAGAAACUGGAUCUACAGAAUGUAAUUCGGUACUUCCUUCUCUCUCAGUUUUUUUUGUUCCAAAUAGCAAUAAAUUCGAUCUACUCAAUGAAGUUGAUGAGGAAGUUUUUGAGAAGAACAAUACAACAUUAUCAGAGGGUGAAUUGGUUAACAGUGAAGAUUUGGUUUACAAUGGGGAAACUGAGGUUAAUAAGGAUAAUGUAGAAAUCAUCCAGGCUUUGAUACUAGAGGAGCAGAUCUUAAUGGAAAGGGGGGAAAAUAAGAGGGAGGCCCCUUUAUAUCUGAAGGAAGUUAUUAGUGAUUGGAAGGCCAUUUAUGUGGGCAUUGUGGAAACUAAAAUAGAUACAUUGGAAAAAUGGGAUUUUAAUAAGCACAUGGGUAAAGAUUGGGAUUUCUUUCUUUAUCCAUCUAAUGGUUUGUGUGGUGGGAUUGUAGUGAUGUGGAGGUCUGACUUGGCCAGUUUCUCUUUAAUUACAGCAAAUGAGCAAUGUGUGAUUGGGAAGCUUUGUAUAGCUAAUAAAGGAUCUUGGAUUAUCUCUACUGUGUAUGGGAGUAUAGAUGUUUAUAGCAGGAGGAAUUUGUGGGAUUGCCUUGGCUCUCACUCUUGUUUGGAGGUUCCGUGUGAUCUCCAUGAUGUGGGAGUAAUUGGGCCUAAAUUCACUUGGUGUAAUAACAAAAGUGGAAGAGCACAUAUUUGGGAAAGGCUCGAUAGGUGUCUUCUCAAUUCCAAGGCCUUGGAAGCUCUUCCACAGGCUGUUAAUCGACAAGUGGCACGGGUAGCAUCUGACCACUGUCCUGUGGUUCUUAAGCUUAACUUUUGGAAUUUCCAUCACCCAAAGAUCCUGCUAUCCAAGCACAAUAGUUUGAUGGAGCUCAAAGAAAAACUUAAAAAAGAAGCGGAUGAUCUGCAAAAUGAAGAGACCAAUGGGAGCGGGCUGUCUGAGAAAUCAGUAUUGCUGCUCAAGUCCAAAGUCCAUGAAUUGAACACUACUCUUGCAAGGUUAAACGUUUGGUGGAGACAAAGGGUCAAAGUCAAAUGGAUUAAGGAGAGUGACAUUAACUCUCAGUUUUUCCAUUCUUUUGGUAACGGUAGGAAGAAUGGUAAUUUAAUAAAACACAUCAAGGAUGGCUCGGGCAACCUGGUGAAUGAUCAAGGUGCAAUUGAACAAUCCUUCUUGAGUUUUUUCUCUCAAAAGUGGAAGGAGCGGGAAUGUAAGGUAACGGGGUGGCCGAACAGGAUAAAUGGUCUAAGUAAUGAAAGCGUGGAAUUACUGGAUGCUGAAUUCACAAUGGAGGAAAUUGAGAAAGUCAUAUCCAGCCUUGGUAGCAAUAUCUCUCCAGAGAUUGAUGGAAUUUCGUAUUCCUUCAUCAAGGGGUAUUGGAAAAUAAUAGCUCAGGACAUACGGGAGGCUAUAUUUCAGUUCAUCUCUACUGGCAAAAUGAAUGAGAAGUGGAAAGAAACAUUGAUUGUGCUUAUUCCCAAGGUGCAAAAUCCGGUUGAUCCUUCUCAAUUUCGUCCUAUUAGUUUAUGCUUGUCUAUUUACAAAAUCAUUGCUAAACUUCUUUUAAAUAGACUUAAUUUUGUUAUCAACGAUUUGAUUUCAGAAAACCAAGCUGCAUUUCUUAAAGCUGGUAGAAUUGUGCUAGUGAAGUCCAUCUUGCUUUCUAUUCUAAUCUUCUAUGUCUUUCAUGCUUUGAUUCCCAUCAGCAUUCUGAAAAAAUUGGAGAGGAUCUGUGUGGAUUUUAUCUGGAAAAAAGCAGAUAAUGAAUCGGGUAUGCACUACAUUUCUUGGGAGGUGCUUUGCAAACCCUUUGCCGAAGGAGGAGCGGGGUUACACUCUCCUGUUGCAUUGAUGGGGCCGCUGAGAUCUAAAUUUUCUUGGGAAUUUAUUAAGGAAUCCAACUCUUUGCUGUACAGGACUUUAAGAGCUAAAUACGGGAAUGUUCUCUGUAGUGAAAUAAAAGGGAGAAACUGCUCAGUUACCUGGAAAAUUCUUUCAAAUGGCAUGAAGGCUUUGCAACUUAUUUUGAGAUGGAAUGUGGUUACUGGUGAUUCCAUUGAUCCUCUUCAAGAUAUCUGGAUUCAAAAUAAAAGGAUGUCCAAUUGGCAUACAUUUGUUAAUGUCAUGGUUGAUGAAGUUCCAAGGCUUAGUUUUUUUAUCCAGAACAGAGUAUGGAAUAUGGGGGAGUUAAGUAAGUAUUUUGGUCCGGAACUCAUCAAGUUGAUUGUACAGACGGAGAUUGGAAGUGGGAAGGAUUCCAGAGAUCUACUUAAAAAUUUUUCAGGGAAAUCAUUAGCAGCUCUGAUUAGAUCUUUUCAAUAUACUAAUUGUAAUAAUGGAAAUGACUAG